UUUCCUUCCUCACUCAACACUCAAAUCUCAGUCCGAAAGCUUACAUUUUUCCUAUUACUUCUCUGUAUUCAAGCUUUGUUAACAGUUCAUUCACAGCAAUGGAAGCCGCAGCAACCAAGACAACAAAAGGUGCCGGAGGAAGGAAAGGAGGAGGCCCAAGAAAGAAGUCUGUAACCAAAUCAGUCAAAGCUGGACUUCAGUUCCCAGUUGGUCGUAUUGCUCGUUUCCUAAAGAAGGGUCGUUAUGCUCAGCGUGUUGGAACUGGUGCUCCAAUUUACCUCGCUGCUGUUCUUGAAUACCUUGCUGCUGAGGUGUUGGAGUUGGCUGGAAACGCGGCGAGAGAUAACAAGAAGAGUAGGAUUAUUCCUAGGCAUGUGCUGUUGGCAGUGAGGAAUGAUGAAGAGUUGGGGAAAUUGCUGAGUGGAGUUACCAUUGCAAGUGGAGGUGUUCUUCCAAACAUUAACCCAGUCUUGUUGCCUAAGAAAUCUGGUGCAGCCGAGGAGAAGGCAUCUACGCCCAAGGCUACCAAGUCGCCAAAGAAGGCAUAGGACUAUCUAUUGGAAUUGAUCUUUUGGUUAAAUAUGGUGGGCCAGUCUUUUGUCUAGUUUAUUGGUACUACUUCUUGUAGUAGGACGUAGAUUAUUAGUUUUCUAAUUUCGGUGUAAUGGCGCUUGGAAAUAUAAUAGAAAGCAACUCUUUUUCCUAUCAA